ACAUGAAGGUGAUCAUGGAUUUUGUUCCAAAUCAUACGAGCAAAGAUCAUGAAUGGUUCAAAAAAUCUGUCUUGAAAGAGGCUCCCUACGAUGAUUUUUACGUCUGGAAAGAUGGGAAAGAAAAUAAAGAAAAUAAAGACGGAAAGCCGGCACCACCAAAUGAUUGGGAGUCAAUUUUCGCGCCUGGCGUGCCUGGGUCUGCUUGGAAGUGGAAUGAGCAAAGGAAACAAUUUUACUACCACGCUUUUAUGGAUGAUCAGCCCGAUCUUAAUCUGCGGAAUCCAAACGUCACGAAUGCGUUAAAGGAAGUGCUCAAGUUCUGGGUUCAAAAAGGAGUGAAAGGCUUCCGAUUGGACGCCGUUCUUCAUUUGUUUGAGGACGAGUCAUACCAGGAUAAUAAGGAGGAGAGCCAUAAGUACACUCAAAACCAGCCUGAAACGUACGAUUGGAUCAAGGAUUUACGUGCUUUUCUCACUCAGCUCGGAGGAGAGGAUCCAAACAGUGAAAU